AUACACACAAUCAAAUCAGCUCUUAAAAAGUCAAUUAGUUCUUUUUCGUUUUAUUUCUUUGUAUACAGUAAAUUUUUGCCUUUAGUUUAAUCAAAAAUUGGUUGAUUGUUUUUUCGUUUGUUCAACUUUAUUUUGUUUUUAAAUUGUCUGUAUCAAAUAUCCGCCCGACAUGAAUCGAUAUUCGUAUAACACAGAUUCAUCCUAUCAGGAUCGUCAAAGUGCAAUGGGCAGUGAAAAUAUCAUGGACGAAUUGGCAACAUUGAUAAGAACUGACAUUCCAGAAGGCAGGCAAAGUCUUCAGGACAGCUACACAAAUCUAGCUCGCGUCGCUGAAUAUUGUGAGGAUACUUACUAUAGGUCAGACAACAAGAAAGCAGCGCUCGAAGAAACAAAAAAUUAUACAACACAAUCGCUGGCCAGUGUUGCAUACCAGAUCAAUACGUUAGCGUACAAUUAUCUGCAAUUGUUAGAUAUGCAAGCGCAGCAACUCGGUGAAAUGGAAUCACAAAUGAAUCACAUUGCUCAGACGGUUUCCAUUCAUAAAGAAAAAGUUGCAAGACGUGAGAUUGGAGUAUUGACAGCAAAUAAAAUUAGCACGAGACAGUAUAAGAUCGUCGCUCCAUUAAAUCCAGAGAAACCAAUUAAGUAUGUUCGCAAGCCAAUCGAUUAUUCGAUUUUGGAUGAUAUUGGCCAUGGAUUGCAUGCUAAACAAAAACAACGAGUAUCGGCAGUUCAACAAAUACAAGCUCAACCAAAUGCCGUUGGUCCACCACCAACAACAAAACCACCAACACCACCUCAAUUGAACCGAGGUUCAGUGCAAUUGAAGGCUGGCAAUACGGGAACGCUUGGAAAGAGUUCGCGCGAGUAUCGAACGCCACCAGCUGUUAUUCCACCACAAGUUCCAUCUCAUUAUGCGCCAAAUUAUCCAGUCGGUCAUCCACGUCGACAAACUAGUGAACGUGGACCCGGUUAUAGUGCCGUUCCAAUGCCACCAAAUCAACAAAUUGCACCGAUAAAUCUAGUUCAUCCAUUGCCACCACCACCACCAACUACCUUUGAUGACAGGGGUUCAAUGCCAGCUCCUCCAUCACCAUUGACCAUGACUAUGACACAUGAGAUGCCCGAUCAAAAUCAUGUUGGAAUGCAUACUUUGGGUCGAAAUAUCAGCAGAAAGCAUCUUCACAGACCUGGUUCGCAGUCACCACCAUUGCCACCGCCACCACCAGAAGAUGACGAAAAUCAGCAUUUCGGACGGCCAAGAACACAAUCGGUUGGUCCAUUAGCUCCAAUCGUUCCAGAUGACCAAAAUCUUCCGGGCUGGGUUCCAAAGAAUUACAUCGAAAAAGUGGUUGCUAUCUACGAUUACUAUGCUGAUAAAGAUGACGAAUUAAGUUUCCAAGAGAGUUCAGUAUUGUAUGUGCUCAAAAAGAACGAUGACGGUUGGUGGGAAGGAGUCAUGGAUGGCGUAACUGGACUGUUUCCUGGAAAUUAUGUUGAGCCAUGUGUUUAAGCAAUGCAACAGGAUAAAAAAAGGCAAAAACACCACAAAUAUCCAAGAAAACUCAGUGCACGGUUCAAAUUUUGAACAAGCGAAUUAAGUCAGAUAAAUAUCGCAUUUACUGCUAUUAUUAUCAAUUAUUCCAUUGUGUGAAGCAAGAAAAAAACGUAAUGAUCAAGACACAAAUUUCAUAUUUUUUAAUUUAUAAAAAUAAAAUAUACUACAUAAUAUAAGCUAUAUUGUAUGUUGGGAGUCCUCGUUUUAUAUUCGUUUUUUCGUUCACUUUUCCAAUUGCCCCAUUCUGGGAUAUAUGUGAAUUUUAAACGGUAGAAACAAAAUUGGAUUAAAUAAACACUCGACCUAUAACUAUUAUUACAAUUAAACUAAAAUUAUGCAAUAAUCGAAAUAAAAAAACAACAUCGUUUAUAUGAAUCAUUUUGAAAUAUAAACUGCCAAGUUAAAUAAA